AGUAGAAGUGGGCACACAGUAUUGUCCUGGCGCACUGGGAGUGUGUAGGCGGCCGUUUUUGAGCCCAAGGCCUGGCGCCGUCCACUUUGCUCGCUCAAUCAUACACAUUUGACACCGACCACCUGCCAUUGAUCAAUAUUACUACUUGAUGCAGUGCUUGGCGUUGCUGAUCUGCGCGCGAGCGCGCUUCUGAUUGCGAGAACAACCUGGGUGUAGAGGACCUUGCCCUGACUCACAAAUGCACAGCCCUGCAAUUUUAUCACUUCUUCUUUUGGCCACGGCGCCGCAUGUCCUGGGCUCAGGUAGCUUGAGCAUCAGGCGGCUGCUCAGGCAUGAGGUGGACGCGUCUCCUCCGAGUCCGGCACCUGAGCCGCCCUUGCCCACGCCCCCAACGCCUCCCUUGCCUCCCUCGCCUCCGCCUGCCCCUCCCAACCCGCCAUCUCCACCGCCGGUCCCUCCCUCCCCGCCAUACCCCCCACCAACUCCCCCAUCUCCGCCUUCUCCUCCGCCGGCUCCGCCCUCGCCUCCCUCUCCGCCUCCGGAGCCCCCAUCGCCUCCCCCUGCGCCUCCUGCCGACCCCGCGCCACGCCGGUCGUCCUCCAGGGGGCAACGUGCGCCCCCAUCUCCGGGCGCGCCAGACCCACCAGCGCUGCCGCCUCCGUCCCCUUCACCAGAGCAGCGCCCGGGCCGCAAGCGCGUGCCCAUCACGGUAGAGCGCGGCACGACCCGCCCCAGCCCUUCAGCUGAUACUACCACCGAUGAGGCUGACAGGAGCGGCUCGGAUGGGGAGCUUGGCAGCCCCAGCCCCCCACGCCCUCCCAGCCCCCGGCCGCCACGGCUGCCUCCACAGCCUCCCACGCCCGCCACCAGCAACGCCGCAAGUUUCCUUAUGGCGGGCGGCAAGUGCCAGGACGCACAGAUGACGCUGGAUUACGCAAACCGGUACCGAGCUGCUCACCAGGCGCCGGCCCUGCAAUGGAGCAGCAGCCUGGCCGCGGCCGCGCAGUCGUAUGCGGACAAGCUUGCGUCCCAGGGCUGCGCCAUCAAAAUGGAGCACUCGGGCGCACCCGGCGAGCUACUGUACUGGGAAACGGGCGAUGACAUGUACUGUCGGUUCGCGGUCAUUGACUGGUACGGCGAGUCCAUGGUGUACGACUUCACGCCGGCGCCGUUCACCGACAACGUCGCCCUGACCGACAACGACACGAGCCAUUUCACACAGCUCGUGUGGCGCUCGACGUCGUCCGUGGGCUGCGGCGUGCAGCGCUCCACUUCCGGCGGCUUCAGCCCCUGUACCUACGUGGUGUGCCGCUUCAGUCCGGCGGGCAACAUUGCUAAUGACGCGGCAUUCCUCGCAAACGUGUUGCCGAAGACUUCGUUAGGCCAGAACUAGUCAUGCGGGACAGUGAGCCAGGUCUGUGCAGAGAGGAGUAACCUAAGCGGCCUUCCAGGCCGUGCGUGUGCUAGCAUUGCUAUGAGGAACAGCACCAGGCUCCCGAAUAGGGAGCGAAGAGUGAGACUGCCAGCAGAGAGUAUGAUGGAGCGAUACUUCGUGAUCGAGGCAUGUGUUGUGCAAUAGUGUGUUCCUGGGCAUUUUUUGGUUUUGUUGGCUGCUAGAAGGAGCAUGAAGCCAAAGUUUGGGCAGGGGCACAACAUGGACAUGUGUUGAGGCACGGCGUUGGGGCAAUGGCAGUGCUUUUCGAUCAAGCGCUGCAGGCCCGCACGUGAGCGCCAGCUGCAGCUCCACCGGCGCUGAUGCCGCCAAGUGCGCCGCGCGUCGCAACCUGUACCAGGCGUGCGGCCUGGAGGGCGAGUCCGCGCUGGCGGCCUGCCGCGCUGCCCUGCCCGUCAAUGCGGAGAAACACGUGUGGACACGUUUUUGCCCCUCCCCAGACCGGCGUCAUACCCGUGUGGGAAACGCCUGCCGUAUGAAACACAGGUUGGCCUCUGGUGUGCCGCUCUGUUCUGAGUUGCGUCAUCUUACACUGUGGUUAUAUUGGUUAACAUGUGUGAUACACUAAACGAGUACAUACUCGACACAUGACGGUAUUCCGUCUGGCUUGCCGGUGCGGCAUGCCCAACUGCAUUGUGCGAAGCGUAAGCAUUGGUGGGCAUGUGUGAGGGCGGGUUAUUCAAGCGUGCGACGCUCAAGGUGCCAGAGCAGAAAUUAAUUCAUUAGCCGGCAGGGUACCAGUACCAGUAAAGCAGAGUAGGUGCAGUGAUUAUUAGUGUUAAGUAUGAAGAAGGUGAACGAAUUGUCCAGGCGCCAGGGGUUUCGGGGCGCAGGGAAGAUGUAGGCACGGGACGACUUGUCGGAGGGGUACCUACCGCCACUUGACUAUGGCUUCUCGUCUGCAUACAUAGUGUCAGGAGGUUAGGGUAUUGUGUGUAGAACUGCAGACGGAGUUAGUGCCUCCAAGCUAUCAGAUUGCAUGGCGGAGAUACAUGUUGGGGGAGAAAGCGGUCAUGCUUACCGCGACAGUAGUGCGUGAGACCACGCGGGGAAGGGGUAGCAUAAUGGCUCGAGUGUUGGGCACCCUUGUCUUGUAGUGUCGCACAUAUAAUGGCAAUGAGGCACCUUCGCCCCUCUUCUCCUUACGCGGCAGGAGCUAUCAACUUAUGACUGGAUGAAGUGUUCGAGCAUCGGAAUCCCGGCUUGCGGUGUGCCUGCUUGGGUUUGUGCCACAUGCGGGCUGAGGACUGGUGGACGAGGGACUAGAUAGCACCGAACAUGCGUCCGUUAAGCACUUGGACAUGUACAGCGGCAAAGAUCAUCAUUUGCGUC